AUGCUCCAUACGACCUCAGACGAAACUUGGGACAUAAUCCAGAAGAUCCACGUCAAAGCACCAUUCCGUAUCAUUCGACAGGCUGCCCCUUAUUUCCGUUUGAAGCCCGAACAACGCGAAAACCGUUCAAUUAUCAACGUAUCAUCAACCACCGGUCUACAUGGAAACGUCGGACAAGCCAACUACGCGGCAGCCAAAGCCGCUGUUAUCGGUCUGACAAAAACGGUUUGCAAGGAAUGGGGUCCGUUUGGUGUUCGCGCCAAUACUAUCGCGUUUGGCUUGGUUCAUACGAGAUUGACAGCAGCGAAGGAAAAGGGCGUGGCGAUUGAUAUUGACGGGAAGAAAGUGGCGCUCGGGAUUCCAGGGGCCCGAGACAUGGGUGAUCCUAACGCCAACUACGCGCACAUUCCUUUGAGGAGAGGUUCCCAUCCUGAUGAGGCUGCUGCUGCUAUGCUUUUCCUUGUAUCACCUCUGGCAUCGUACGUUAGUGGACAUACGUUGGAAGUCACUGGCGGUGUGGGUAUUUAA